CCAGACAGCCAGACAGCCAGGCAGGAGAGCUGGCAGCCAGGGAGAGGAAAGUGAAGAGGAAGAGAGCAAAGUGGCGAAGGAACGCACACACAUCCAUUCAUUCACCCGCAUCCAUCCAUCCAUCCAUGCCACACACGUAAGUAACACGCAAUCCCCGCAUCCAUUCCCUCCCCUCUCCCUAGACCGCACCGUCUCAAACGCAAAACAUCCACCCCACACCGCACCAGUCACGCCAUUACUUGGGCGACGGCCGAUGGUGCACGGCCGGCCCGUGAUGGCCACCGACAGGGCUAUCUCCCCCUCGACCGCCCCGCCCUCCUCUCGGCCGGCCCGCCCCCAUCGCCGCCGCCUGGCCCGCCCCUGUGGCCGCGCCAUCCGCCGUCCCGCUCGUUCUGUCGGGUGUUUCCGUUGUGGCGGUAGUUGCCAUGCUGCUGUCCAUUGGCACCUGGGCUGGGCAGGAUGGUGGGGAAUCUCUGCUGCUGCUGUUGCUGGUUGUCGGGCUGGGCAUUGCCGUACUGGUUCAUCUGGCCGUAGUUGGCACCGUAGGCGUUGUAACCCGGCCCGUACCCACCAUACGCCGGCUGUUGGUGGUGGGGAUGGUGCUGGAGCUGGUGCUGGUUCUGAUACUGCUGGUGUUGCUGCUGCUGCGCGGCAUACACGUUGCCGCCACCACUGGCGUUGGCCCCUGCCCAGCCUCCAUAGCCGCCCUGGUGCUGAUGCUGCAUCGGCUGCUGCUGCUGGUGUUUCUGGUGCUGCUGGUGCUGCUGGCCGCUCAUCAUCGCCGCCUGUCCGUGGUGGGCAGCGUAGCCGCCGGCCGGCACACCUCGGUUGGUGGCCGUGUGGUGGUACUGGGUGGCGCCGGGCUGGCCCUGCUGCCCAUGACCUCCCUGCUGUCGCCCGUUGCGAUGAUGAGUGCGGUGGUUGUGCUGGUUGUGGGGGCGAGGCGAGGGCGUGAGUGGCGGGAGCGGCGGGCGGCGCGUGGCGUUGCUCUGGGGCGAACCGGGGGAUGGCAUCCCUCCGGCAUAACCACCCUGCUGCUGCACACAUACAUACAACGCACACGCAACACAAAUUGUUGGCAUUGCAUGGGUGAUGACAUCAAUCACGGUUUGUGUGGUGCUCAAAGGUUUUCUUCCCCCUACUUACCUCAGACGCGGGCGGUGGCGGGCUGUUGACAAGCCCCUGCUCGUAGGGCGACGGAACAUAAGGUGGGGGCGGGGGCGGUGCAGCCGCUCCCAUGCCCACAGCCAUCCCAACCGCGGGGCCAAACACCUGCCCACCUCCCUGGGGCGCCAUCGGCAUGAUGAUGGGCGCCUGCGUGCCGUCCCCCAUAGCCGCCAACGCCAGCAUGGCCUGAGCCGGGAAGAAGGCCGCAGGGGGCACAGGUGGCAUCAUAUGCUGCUGGGCCUGCUGCGGGACGAACGGCUGAGCCACAGGGACGCCCUCGCCCUCAGUAGCGGGGGGCGGCAGCGUAGCUGGAGGCUCCAACACCACUUCGGCCUCCUUGUCCCCCUCCCCUCCCCCAGAGGAUGCAGCGGGCUCCACAACGACUGGCGGCGCUGGCGGCAGAGAGUGGACCGAGUCAUGGAUCGACGGGGGCGGCACGGCUGCGGGCGGCUGCUGUACCUGAGGCUGGGGCUCCUCAGCGACAGCCGCAGGCAACCCCUCGCCAUUGCCGCCCUGCAUGUCCUCAGUCUGCAUGCCCGACUCACUGGUCGCUGCCGGCUGGGGAACGGCACCCACACCCACACCCACACCAGCAUCUUGCUGCUGCCGCUCCUGUGGCCCCUCUCGUGUCGCCUCUCGCUCUCCAUCUUCCCCCUGCUGCCCUUGCCCGUCGUGGGCCUGGCCCUCCUGCUCUUCUGGCUGUGGCUCCACUGGCUGUGGCUCCACUGGUUGUGGCUGCUCAGCCACUUGGACGAAGCGCAGACCAGUCGCAUCAACUUGGAACUGGUGGCCCGCCGGCGGGCUGUAGUAACCCGGUCGAUCGCCGCCCGUCGGCUGCAUGCCGAAGUAGGCAAGGGGGCUGAACGCCUCAGGAGGCUGCCGGCCGCCCAUCAGCUGGACGUUCUGACCCAACCACUGCAUGGCGUCAACCAUGACGGCAUCGAUGGGAAUAUCGCCCCGCGGGCAUGGCGGCGGCUGCUGCAUUCAGAGAGAGGGAGCGAGGGGAAGGAGCGAUGAUUUCGGGACUAUCAUCUGGUGUUGUCGAUUGUCUUACAUCGUCUGUGCCUUGCUGAUCUGGGUCAGCACGAGGCUGCUCCGGAUCAGGUGCCGGCGGCUCGUCAGCAGGCCGCUCGUCCACAGCGUCAGCAGGCCGCUCGUCCACAGCGUCGGCAGGCGGCUCCUCAUCAACGUUGUCAGCAGGCGACUCGUCAACUACGGCAUCGGGAGGCGACGGUGCGUCCUCCGUCUGCGACUCAAUACUCUGCAUGAAGAAGAGAAAGCGGAAAGGAUGCAAUACACACAGAGGGUCACUCACUCGAGCCUCUCUUGCCCUCCCUUCCUUCCUGCGUACCUCAACGACGACAAUCUCCGUUUGGGUGGUGGCAUGCCCCUUGCCCUUGCUUCCCUCCCUCCCCAUGCCCUCCCUCGCAGCCUUCAGGCACUCGUCCCUCACCUUGAUCAGCAUCGCCAUCUCCUGCUCCUUCUGCGACUUGCUCUUGACCUUCUCGGCCUCCUCCCUCAGUAGCGUGCUGGGGUCCCGCGCCUCGAGCCGAGCGAUGGCUUCGAGGGCUUUCCUGUACUUCUUGAUCUCCUUCAGGAUGAUGCUGAAGCUGUAGUCGUGCUCCUUCAGGUACUUCAUGAGCCGCUCGAAAUCCUCGUCCUGGCGGGCUGACUGCCCCUCUCCGUCCUCCUUGGGUGGAGUGGCGGUGUCCUGGGGCGUUCGCUGUGCCGGCGUGUUGACAUCAGCCGGGGUUGCGUCGUGGUCAGGGGUCGCCUCGUCAUCGGGAGCUUGUUCAUUGCUCGCUGGGAGGGCGAGGGCAACAGGUCCGGCGGGCUGGGCCGCGUCGGCGUUGGCUGCGGGCGAUGCCUCGGGGGACGACGGCUGGGAGUCAGAGGGGCGGUGGGCGGGAGAAGCCGCCGGGGAGGCCUGGGACUUCUUCUGAAGGGCACACACAGACCACAUGGGGAGGAAAGCGACGUGCAGGUGGUCAGAAUGACGCCCAUUCGCAUGCACUCCUCGCUACGCCCGCCACAUCCCCAUGUCACACCCCUCCCACCUUCUUGUCCUUCUGCUUUCGCCCCAUCGUCCUCAACUCGCUUGACUGAGGCGGCUGAACGGCCUCAUCUUCAACGACAGCAUCCAAACCUCCCUCAAGCUCGCAAGCUCGCAGUUUGCUCCCACUGCUCGCCUCGUCGCGUUCGCGAUGCGGCUCCAU